AUGCUCUCCAUCUUUGAUACCGGUCUCGGUAUGACUACGGCCGACAUGGUUAACAACCUCGGCACGAACGCAAAGUCGUUCACAAAGGGCUUCAUGGAGGCACUCAGCUCUAGCGCCGACAUCUCUACGAUCGGCCAGUUCUGUGUCGGUCUCCAUUCUGCGUACCUCGUCGCCGAGCACGUCCAGUUUAUCUCGAACCACAACGGCCACGAGCGGCACAUCUGGGAGGCUGCUGCCGGCGGUACCUUUACCAUCACCCCCGAUACCGCCAACCCGCCCAUCGGCCGCGGUACCGAGGUCCGCCUCUACCUUAAGGAGGACCAGCUCGAGUACCUCGAGGACAAACGCAUCAAGGAUAUCGUCAAGAAGCACUCCGAGUUCAUCUCCUACCCCAUCCAGCUUGUCGUGACCCAGGAGGUCGAGAAGGAGGUUGAGGACGAGGACGAGGACGAGGAGGAGGAGGCUAAGAUCGAGGAAGCCGACAAGGACGAGGUUGAACACGAAGAAGGAGAAGACGCGCAACCCCUCCAACAUCAGCCAAGAAGAGUACGGCGCCUUCUACAAGUCGCUCAUCAACGACUGGGAGACCACCUCGCCGUCAAGCACAUCUCCGUCGAGGGUCAGCUUGAGUUCAGGGCUAUCCUCUACGUCCCGAAGCGCGCACCCUUCGACCUCUUUGAGCAGAAGAGGCGUGACAACAUCAAGCUCUACGUUCGCCGCUUCAUGAUGGACGACUGCGAGAAGAUCAUCCCCGAGUACCUCAACUUCGUCAAGGGCAUCGUCGACUCUGAGGACUUGCCGCUGAACAUCUCUCGCGAGACGCUCCAGCAAAACAAGAUCCCCAAGGUCAUCCGCAAGCACGUCGUCAAGAAGUGCAUGGACCUCUUCUCCGAGAUUGCCGAGGACAAGGACAACUUCCAGAAGUUCUGGGAGGCGUUCGGCAACAACAUCAAGCUCGGUAUCCACGAGGACGCCCAGAACCGCUCCAAGCUCGCCGAGUUCCUCCGCUUCCACUCGACCAAGUCCGGCGAUGAGCUCACCUCGCUCAAGGACUACAUCACGCGCAUGCCCGAGGUCCAGAAGAACAUCAACUACCUCACUGGCGAGUCCCUCGCCGCCGUCAUCCUCCUCGUCGACUCCAUCGACGAGUACGCCGUCACUCAGCUCAAGGAGUUCGAGGGCAAGACGCUCGCGUCUGUGUCCAAGGAGGGUCUUGAGCUCGAGGAGACCGAGGAGGAGAAGAAGGCGCGCGAGGAGGAGGCCAAGUUGUUCGAGGACCUCUGCAAGAUCAUCAAGGAGGCGCUCGGCGAGAAGGUCGAGAAGGCCGUCGUCUCGAACCGUAUCGCCGACUCUCCCUGCGUGCUCGUCACCGGUCGGUUCGGCUGGUCAUCGAAUAUGGAGCGUAUCAUGAAGGCGCAGGCGCUCCGCGACUCUUCGAUGUCGUCGUACAUGGCGUCGAAGAAGACGCUCGAGCUCAACCCGAUGCACCCGAUCAUCGAGGAGCUUCGCAAGAAGGUCGGCGAGGACAAGGCGGACAAGCCCGUUCGCGACCUCACGUACUUGCUGUACGAGACCGCUCUGCUCACCUCCGGCUUUACGCUCGAGGAGUCCACGUCGUUCGCCAAGCGCAUCUACCGCAUGGUCUCGCUCGGUCUUGACGUCGAUGAGGACGAGGAGCCCGCAGCGGCCGCUGAGGAGGACGCCGACUUGCCGCCGCUACUCGAGGGUGUCGGCGCGUCUGCGAUGGAGGAGAUCGACUAA